AUGCUGUUGAAAGUCAUGCCCUCCACAGGCUUCCAGGGACUGCAGGGAGAUGACACACCCGAAGGGGGUAAGUGUUCUGUUGUCUGUACCCCCUCGACAAUCCAUAGUCAAUUGAAUGAUCUGCUGACAUUCAUACAGUAUUUUAUGUUAUAUUCAUACAUCAAUAUGAGUGAAUACAUUUACCAUCCAGUACAGUAGUUACACAUCUGUGGACACUAUUAAAAUGCUCUGAAAUGUGUGAGCUGAUAAUUAAUCAAAGAAUGUUAGGCUGCAUUUACACAGGAAGUCCAAUUCUGAUCUUUUUGCCACUAAUUGGACUUUUGACCAAUCAGAUUUGUUGCCUAUAGUUGGGCAAAAGAACAGAAUUGGGCUGCCUGUGUAAACUCAGGCCAUAAUUACAGUCCUUCAAUGUUUACUUUUAAUGUAUUAAUUGGAUGCAGGCGUUGAAACAUAGAAUAGAUAUUCUGUUAACCUGGAGGAACAUGCCAAUUACAGGACACUAACCGGGAUGUUGUCAACGCUAUCUGUGGAAAAUAACUCCAGUGCAAUUAUUCUAGCACUGAACUGCAGAGAUAUGUAAGAGACUAAUGAGUAAAAUGUAUUUGAAGUCAUGUCUUAUGGUUGAUAUUCUAAGAAUUGUUAAUGAGUUAGCCUAACAGCUUUUCAUACCACAAUGUCCAAUGUCUCCAAGGGUUUAAAAUAGUUCAAACCUCUGUUAAUGCAUUUAUGUUGCUAUUGUAUUUUCUGUUAUAUUGACACUUGGCUAUAUCAUGGAUCCAUGUGUCCUCAUCCACCUCUGGGGGUGAUCCUCCACAACUGAUCAUGAUUAGAUCAUAGUGCGCCUCCUUCAUUAACCGUGCCGGUUCUGCGCAAAUAUGUGUAUAUUUCACAGGGUUGGGUUCAAUUCAGGAAGUACACUGAAAUUCCAAUUCUCUUCAAUGCUUUUCAAUGAGGAAAAUGUGCAAUUGGAAUUUGGUUUACUUUCUGAGUUGACUGGAAUUGAAAUGGAAUUGACCUCAAACCUGAUAUUUCAAUCAUCAAUCUUGCCGGUGCCACAGUUGUGUAUAUUUCAAUCAUAAGGGUGAUUUUUAUUUAUUUAUUUAUUGGUUUUUUUUGUACAAACACUUCAGCAUUCAUAACAAUUUGCCUAGCUUGGAUAUGUUCUUUAAGUGCAAUAUAUUUAAUUAAUGGGGAAAAACCCCAGGUCAUACAAUGAUUUACAGCUGGUCACAGCAACAAGUAAUUAUGAUAUUACUUGUACCUACUGCCCAUUGUGAAUGAUUUGUGUUUUCAAUGUAAUACAUUGACUUUGGUCAAAGGGUCUAAUUACAAAGUUUGUGUAACCUAUAAUAUAAAUGUAUGAAUUCAUUUUAAUUAUCCAGUUAAAUGAUUCAUCAUAACAUUCGUAUCCAUUUUGUUAUUUUUACACAUUCCCAGUGGCCUGUCGUCUUCCCUGGGCUAUGCUCAUUAUGUGGUAGAUUGAUUGCUUAAUCAGUCUCUAGUAUUGAUUAGUUACUCUGCGCAAAAGGUUGGGGUUGAGGGGGGAUGUAUUUUCAUGAGAAAGGGGUCAAUACAUGCCCUGAAUCUGUUUUUAAGCAUUAAACAUUCAGCAGUCUUUUUAAUGUUUGUUUGCUCGGAGUUGGAUCAAAUUAGAAUAAUGUAGGCAACAAUGAUCUCAUUUGGUCGUACAUCCUGACUACCUGUGAAUCUUACGUCAUAGUUAAAUGAGUAUGCUGUUAGCCAUAUUCAAACAUAUAUAAAUUACUAUUUUAAUAAAGGUCUCAGAUGCUGUAUUCAUGGAUAUAUGAGUGUAUUUGCAGUUUUAAAUCUGACUCAACCAAAUGUUGUAGAAGGCACUGUAGUUUGUUAGAAAUCCUGAAUCCUAACUUGACAUCUGUGCAGUAACUUGAAUUAGUGCGCAGAUCGAAUUAUAUCUAACUACGUUUUUGGAUGGUUUCUGUCUGCACCUAACCCUAACCCACCAAAAAAAUCUCCCACCAUUACUAGUCGCAUCUAGAGGACAUACCGUCACUUCUCCACUUUGCUGCCCAGAACGGGUUUAAGGACAUCUCCAGUGUGUUGCUACAAUGUCCGGGGGCAAAGAGAGCUUUACACACCGCUAACAGCCAA